AUGCUGAACCGUAAGUUCCAACAGACGGUUGAUAUGGCUGCCAAGUCGUCGUCCAGCCCCACGCUUCGCGGCUGGCCAACAAAUAAGAAAGACCAUUUAACCAUCGAGUCUUUUCAACAUAAGAAUAUUCAUGAUUGGCUCACGCUACGUUUCCCAGAUCUGCUAGUUUUUGGGGCCAUGCAUGCGAUUUGGACGGGUACAACGGACGGCAAAAAUCGCGGUCAUCUGCGCGCUUCCUUCGGCUUCGGCUUCGGCUUCAGUUCUUGUUGCGGAACCCUAGUCGCACAAGCUGCGGCACGGCCCGGCGCGGUUAUCUUCAACCUGCUUAAGGCAUGUAUCUAUAGCGGGUUAGUCGUGUGCUUGCUAACUAAGCCUAUUAUGAGAGUCUACGUGUAG